UCCUCACAGCCACCAAUGAGACAUGAAGCCCGUUUUACAAAUGAAGAAAUGUCAUUUGGGCUCAGACAUCAACAAUGAGAAAGAGGCAGUUCUGGUCUCAGAUCCUGGGGCAGAGAAAGCUCCUGGGAAACCUGAGAGAGAGGGAAGGAGCCGGUUCAUUGGAGGAACUGCCCGAAGGCCAGCAGGGCUGGUGCUUAGGAGAACAUGCAGUAGAGGUUUUCAUCAAACAAAUGGAACAUGUCACAGAAUCACAGAAUUUCGCUAACGUGGACAACUCCGCACAGAAAAAUGAACAGGCUGGCAAACAUCCCAGACGUGCCAGUAAAGUACAGAAAGGUUUUACUGCUGCAUAUCCAACACAACCCUCCAUUUCUUUUAAGUCCCAAGCUUGGAUAAUUCCAGAAUCAGAAAAAAAAGGAUUCAAUAGUCAAGCCAAGAGAUUUUCUCGUAAGAAGAACGAUAUCCCAGGUCCUGGGUCCUACAAUGUCAUUCACCAGUCGCCCGUGUCCAACAGUGUCUCGUUGUCCAAGAAAGGAACAUGCACGUUUCCCUCGACGCGCGCCCGGUUGGACACCAACAUUUCUAAAUAUCCUGCAGCGAACGCAUACACUAUCCCAUCAGAUUUUAUUUCCAAGAGAGACUUCAGUAAUUCGUGUUCCAGCAUGUUCCAGUUGCCAAGCUUUAGGAAAGUUCUCAAAUUUGAAACUCCUGCACCAAACCAUUACAAUGCCUCCGUCUCUUGCUGCAAGCAGAGAAACAACGUCUGUGCCCGAGCCGGGUUUAUGUCAAAAACCCAAAGAGGAUCUCUCGCCUUUGCUGGUAAAGGGCCUGCCCCAGGGCAUUAUGACAUCAACGAAUCCCUUGUGAAGCAGUCGCCAAAUAUGAUAAUGUCUUGUUUUAAAUCAAAAACCAACCGUGGAUUAAAAGUGACGUCAACAGGCCCGGGACCCGGUUAUUACAACCCCAGUGAUGGCACAAAAGUUCCAAAAAAGACUCUUUUCCCGAAAAACCCCAUCCUGAACUUCUCUGCUCAGCCUUUGCCUCUGCCCCCAAAGCCGCCUCUCCCGGGUCCUGGUCAGUAUGAGAUCGUGGACUACUUAGGGCCCCACAAGCAUUUCAUCUCUAGUGCAUCAUUCGUGUCCAACACCAGCCGGUGGACCGCGGCGCCAUCUCAGCCAGGCCUGCCUGGCCCAGCCACGUACAAGCCAGAACGCCCAGGAAAGCAGUCCUUCCUCUACAACGAGGAUAAGAAAUGGAUUCCGGUGAUGUAGGGAUAUCACACAAGAUCGAGGAGAACGCCGGCCACCAGCCUGCCCCACCCAGCUUCCCCAGGACAUCCCUCAGGAGGAGACCGAUCAUGUGUGUGGCAGCUGACAACUUGGGGGAUGGCUCUGCCACUCUGGCCUGGUGGGGUAGCUGGGCUGCUGCCAUUGCCUUUAUCUCGAGCUGGAGACAUUGCUCCUGGAGAUUGCACCCCAGCCCCACCGACUCCAGUGGCUUCCUGAGCAGAGGGAGGUGGACAGAGCCCCCUGGCUGCUUCCCAACACACCCAUCCAGGCUGGCUUCUGGCACGACUCCCCGCUGCAGACUUAAGGAUUCCUGAAGCACAGACUUCAAGGAGGACCAGUCCACCGUGAAGGUGGCCAAGCCUGGAAGCCCCACCCUUCCCUGUUUCAUUACUUCACUCAAUUACACGUUCAUUCAUUUCCACACUCCUGCCUUUCUCAUUUGUCCCUCUCUGACCUCACUCACUCACGGUAUGUCUGCUGGGUGAAAGCUACCUGCAGCCUGGUGUUGCUUUCUUCCACCAACCCACAGCUUCCUUUCUAAAGUGACCAUCUGUUUGGAAAGGCCUCUCUUACUCCUUUUAGACCUUUUUCUUCUUUGGAGUGGGAGAUCGUCUUAGAAUGGCAGCGGCCGGGCUCAGGAGCUGCCCUUUUCCCUGACUUUCUCUAAAGGUGGGGCCGAAUUUUCUCAAGGCUUCUGGAGCCCUCCAUGGAGUCCAGUGGCCUUUCUAGGCAGGAUAUCCUUUGUUUCUUUAUGUGGAGGUGAAAAAGAAAUGUGCCCUGGUGGUUUCCGCGGCGGCUGCACAGAUGUCCCGGGGGCUGGGGGGGUGGGGAGCUGCCUGGCUCCUUUCCUGAUCAGGCAGGCUUUGACUGGGGCUUUGACUGAUGCUAGAAGUCUCUCUGUGCAUUAACCCCAGCAGACACUGAGCAGUUGCCAAGGCUCCGAGGCCUGCACAACCGUGGCCUGUCCAGAGAAGUGGCUCUCAGCCUUGACUGCACACUGUAAUCACCUGGGGACUUUGAAAAGUACUGAGGCCUGGGGCCCUCCCACAAAUGCGGAUUUAACUCCUCCAGGGUGGGAUCUGGGCAGUGGGGAGGAGGGAGGUGUGGGUAAAAGCUGCCCAGGUGAUUCCAAUGAUAGGUGAAGGUUGAGAAACGCCACCUUCCAGCUUCCCAGCUGGCUCUGCUGGGUGGGAAGCUCGGGGGUGGGAACUUUAUACACGUGCAGCACCUGCAGCGUGGCUGUGGUUCCACACUCCUCUGUCAUGUAACCUUCACACAUCACCUGGCUCUGACAUCAAGGGUGCUGUCACAGCCACAGUGAGGCCUUGGCUGAGCAGAGCAACUCUGGGGCUCCACCGAGUCCCUCCCUCCGUGGCAGGCAAGCCACGUGGGAGCCCGAGACAAAAGGAAACAUCAGUAACACGAAUCCUGUCCUAAAAAUUGUUUUGUUCACCGUGGAUUUUGUUUCGGCCUGAAUUUUAAAAAUAUUGAAUUAAACUUACUUGAUUAUUGA